AUGUCUGCCCAGGGGAAGGUCAACGGAAGUGCUGUGAAGGGCUCGGCUUUAGCGGUCGCUGGUAGACCCCCAAGCACCGCUACUGAAACGAACGGCGUGCAAGUCUACGAGCUGACCCUGGCAGACGAUGGCUCGCCGUCUCCAGGUGCAGGAUACAUUCGCUUGCCUGCUCCUCAUCAGCCUUACGCCCUUCGAUUCUCGAUUGAAGCGGGCAGUCUUGCGUCAAAAGAUGGCAGUUUGUGGACCAAUUUUCCGCCUGAUGGCGCAGCAUUCGACCGGAAGAAGUUUUGGGAACACAAGCUACCCAGCGACUUCAGCAAGGCCAUCUCUGUUACGUUGUGGAUAACCAGAGCCGGAGCUUUCGAGUUCUUUGUGAGCCACGCGCCGGCCGUUCCUGCAACACCAUAUCCCACCAAGAAUGCUCCUCACCAAGCUCCUCCAGCCGAGAAUGCCGCUCGAGUGGAAUCCAGUCGCGGCUACUUCAAUGUCGAUCCGGUAUUGAAGUUGCCCAGUCGCUCUCCGAUUUUGUCAGCGGACAGAUAUCCUCUAGAUGUUGGAAAGGGAGGUCAGCUCGGCCCAGUCUCGCCCAUCAGCCAAGAUGGUCUUGUUGUGCAGAGCUUCAUCGCCAAGUGGGCCGGCUCCUUGAGCACUUGGGCACCGCAUCUCGCUUACGCUCGGGACAGCGGCUACAACGUUAUCCACUACCCUCCACUCCAGGUCAGAGGCAGUUCCAAUAGCCCUUACUCCAUUGCGGACCAGAACGACUUCAGCGCUGAUCUCUUCGAUGGCAACAGCGGACCUGCCAAGACGUUGGACGAAAGGAGGAAGACUGUACAGAAAUACCUCUCUCAGAUCAAAACGACUUAUGGUCUUGGAAGCAUGAUUGACGUGGUGCUCAAUCAUACCGCCAACAACUCUGAGUGGCUCAAUGCGCAUCCGGAAGCUGCGUACAGCCCUGCCAACUCGCCCCAUCUGACUCCGGCUGAGGAGCUGGACAGGGCUUUGUUGGACUUUUCAGCACGUCUCACUGAGCUUGGUCUGCCAACAGACCCUGCAGACGCAUCUGACGUGGACGCCAUUAUAGAGGGUGUCAGGCAGCACGUGCUCACUCCCCUCAAGCUGUGGCAGUACUACGUUGUAGAUGUCCAAGCAGAGUUGAGGGCGCUGGAGGAGGCAUGGGACAAAGAUGCCAGCUCAAGCACUUCAUCGCGAAUUGUUCGGUCGUACGGCAAUGACUCCCUUGACGGCAAAGGGUUGAGCGAGUCUACCGAGCUUCUUCGAUCUCACGCCCUGCGGAACCGAAUGGCUCUUGCAGAGAGAUAUACUACGCAUUUCGAUGCAGCCACUGCGCUUGCAAUCCUCAAGACCCUAGCCAGCAAUGACGGCGCUUCUAAGCAACAAGCGCUCGAUGCUCUCAAAUCUGCUGCAGAUGCCGUAAACGUAGACUUCUACAGCGCCUACGACGAUGACACAAAGGCGAUCAUCAGCAAUCUCAAGGGUCGACUGACCUACCAGCGCAUUGAAGAUGGAGGUCCCAAAUUGGGGCCGAUCACCAAAACAGCUCCCUUUUGCGAGCCAUACUUUACGCGACUGGAUCCGAAGCAUCCCAAGAUUGCGAGCAAAGAUCCCAAAGUGUUGGCUCUCGCACACAAUGGAUGGAUUUGGGCCGCAGAUCCUCUGAGCGACUUUGCCUCCUCUUCAUCUCGAGUGUACCUUCGACGAGAGGUAAUCGCAUGGGGCGAUUGUGUCAAGCUUAGAUACGGCGCAAAGCCAGCUGACUCGCCCUUUUUGUGGAAGCACAUGGAAGCCUAUUGCUCAAGUCUUGCUGGCAUCUUCGAUGGCUUCAGGAUCGACAAUUGUCACUCGACGCCCAUCCACGUUGGCGAGCAUUUCUUGGAUGUGGCACGCAGGGUCAAUCCGAACUUGUACGUCUGCGCGGAGCUCUUUACCGGUUCUGCGGAGACGGAUACGUACUUCGUCAGUCGUCUCGGUCUCAACAGUCUGAUCAGAGAGAUGGACAAUGCGCACGAUCCAAAGGAGGAAUCACGGCUGCUGUAUCGAUUCGGCGUGAAUAAGCCAAUCGGAUCCAUGGACACCGACUGUCUGGCCUUUGCAGACACUGUGACCCUGCCAGGCUCCAAGGGCAAGGCACAAUCCGCCACAGUGACUCCUCUGCGCGGCUCAAGCCCACAUGCGCUCUUUAUGGAUCUGACUCACGACAACGAGACUCCGUCUCACAAGAGGACAGCAGAGGAUGCUAUCACCAUGGGCGCCCUCGUCGCCUUCUCUUGGUCUGCCAUCGGCUCCACCCGAGGGUUCGACGAUCUCUAUCCGAACCUGUUGGAUGUGGUCACGGAGAAGCGAAAGUACAACGUUGUCGAAAAGAUAGACGACAAGAGCGGCAUUGCUGCUGUCAAACGCGUUUUCAACCACCUGCACACCGAGAUGGUGCAUGAGAAUUAUCAGGAGGGUCAUUCCCACCAAGAGAAUGAUUACAUUAUGAUGCAUAGAGUGCACCCACAGACGCAUAGAGGCUACCUGGUCGUCACGCAUACGGCAUUCAACAAGGGCGGCGAUCGUAGUCGAGUCAACCCAUUCAAGCUCAAUAGGACUAAGCUGCGGUACAUCUUCGGCAAGAGCCUUCAAGUCACAUCGACGACCCCUGUCAAGGAUGACAAGGUGCUGCGAGGGCUGCCAUCUACGCUCGUCGAUGUGCCUGCUCCAGCUCUGCAGGAGGGGAGCGACGUCGAUGGGUCGUACACAGAGGUGAUCAUUCCUGACAACUUCCCACCUGGAAGUGUCAUGCUUUUUGAGACCUGGAUGGAGGGCUUAGAUGCGAAGCUCGACAAUCUCGUUUCGAGUGGCGCAAGCGAAGCGAUGGCUGAGCUGGACCUCGUUUCGCUCAAUGUGGUCUUGUACCGGGCCGAUGGGGAGGAGCGCGAUGUUACCGGCGGCAACGACGGAACUUAUGCCGUGCCGGGACACGGCUCUCUCGUGUAUUGCGGACUAGAGGGUUGGCUAGCGCCGCUUCGAGAUAUCGUUAAAAACAACGAUCUUGGCCAUCCCUUGUGCGCCCAUCUCCGUGAUGGACCCUGGGCUCUGGACUAUCUCCACGAUCGACUGGAGCGCCAAAUGUCGAUCUUUCCCCAGCUCAGAAAACCCACAGCUUGGUUCAAGGAGCGCGUGGAUGCCAUCAAAGCGGCUUCGCCCUCUUUCAUGCGUCCGAAGUACCUCGCCCUCCUCGUGACACGGGCGUACCAGGCUGCAAGAGCACACGCGUUGAAGCAGAUGGUGCCCUUCGUUCGAGAUGGUCACGAUUUCACGAAGGCCCUCGCGCUGUGCGCGGUGCAGAUGAACGGUCAGGUCAAAUCAGCAUCGCUGUGGCACGAUCGACCUAGCGCUUCAAUGGCGGCAGGUCUGCCUUUCUUUGCUGCUGGCUGGGCACGUUGCUGGGGUCGGGACGUUUUCAUUUCGCUUCGCGGCCUCUACUUGGUCACGGGAAUGUACCAGGCUGCGCGAGAACACAUCCUGUCAUUUGGCUCCACGCUGUACAACGGCAUGAUUCCAAAUUUGCUCAACUCGACAACCAACCCGCGGUACAACUGCAGGGAUGGCGCUUGGUUCUUUGCUCAAAAUGUGCAAGAUUAUGUCAAGAUGGUGCCGAAGGGCGAGGCCAUACUGCAAGAGCGUGUCAAGCGCCGUUUCCCACCCGGAGACAAGUGGGUGGAGCUAGACUCUCCAGAAGCAUUCAAGCACGAAAAUACGGUCGCGGAAUUGCUGCAGGAGAUCCUUCAACGCCACGCCACUGGCAUUCAUUUCCGAGAACACGAUGCCGGACCAAAAGUCGAUGAGCAUAUGCGCGACGAAGGCUUCAACAUCGACAUUGAGGUGGACUGGCAGACUGGUAUCAUCUUCGGAGGCAAUCAAUGGAAUUGCGGUACCUGGCAGGACAAAAAUGGCAGCUCCACAAAAGCCGGCAACCGGGGCUACCCGGGAACACCUCGAGAUGGCGCAGCUGUCGAGAUUACGGGCCUGUUGAAGAGCACUCUGUCAUGGAUCGCCUCUUUGUCAAAGGAGGGCAAAUGGCCUGCAAAGGGUGUCGAAGCUAUCAUCGGAGGCAAGAAGUCAGUGGUGACGUACGCGGAUUGGGCGGCGCUCGUCCAGAAGAGCUUUGAAAAGUGCUACUGGAUUCCUCUAGAUGCGCAAGAAGAUGGUGCUUUCCGUGUCGACCACAACCUGGUCAAUCGUAGGGGAAUCUAUAAGGACGUGUUCGGUAGCGGCAAAGGCAGAGAAUGGAGCGAUUAUCAGUUGCGAGGCAAUGUUCCAAUCGCAAUGUGUGUUGCUCCAGAGCUCUUCACUCCAGAAAAGGCCUUGACGCACCUGCAAGCUGCCGACAACGUUCUCCGAGAUGUCCUCGGUAUGCGGACCCUCGAUCCAUCGGACCGCAACUUCCGCCCUGACUACGACAAUUCGAAUGACUCGGAUGACUUCUACGUUGCGCAGGGGCACAACUACCACGAGGGACCGCCCUGGGUCUGGCCAGUUGGCUUCUUCUUGCGAGCGUACGUGAUCUUCGAUCUAGCAGCAGGCGUCGGACACACGCGGCCAAAGGAGACGCAUCAUCGGGUAAUGGCUAUGACAACGGCGCAUCGAGAAUUCAUCAAGCAGAGCCCUUGGGCUGGCCUUCCUGAGCUCACCAACCAGAAUGGACGGGACUGUCCGGAUAGCUGCAAGACUCAGGCUUGGAGCGCUUCCUGUCUUCUCGAUGCGCUCGAGGAGCUCGAUCGUCGUCAGAAAUGA